UUCAUCAGAAAAUGUUGGUCCUGUUUUAUUUCCUGCUGAUGCUCAGAGUGGGGCGCUGCAUCGAUCAUCAAAACUUUGUCACAAAGACUGUUGGUGUCGGACAAAGUGUGACUCUCACAUGCACUCGCCAGACAUCUUUGUAUCAACAGCCAACUUUGCACUGGAUCAGACUUGUUUCUGGAAAAUCACCUGAAUUCUUGGGAGGAACACAUACUUUUGAUUAUCAUGGUGUUAAUAAGACUCCUCACAUUACAGCAAAACAAGGGCCUGGAACAUUUAUUGUGCAAAUUCAUGAAACUCAGCUAAAUGACUCUGGUUUUUACUACUGUAUAAAAGUCAAACGGCUCAACAUGGAAUUUAUGAACACAACAUUCCUGAAAGUGAAGGGACCAGAACCAGACAUCAUUGACAUCAUUCAAGUCCCUCCAUCUGAUCCAGAACAUCCAGGAGACUCAGUGACUCUGCAGUGUUCAGUCCUCUCUGACUCUGAGAAGAAAACAUGUCCAGAACAACAACACAGAGUGUUCUGGUUCAGAGCUGGAUCAGAUGAAUCUCAUCCCAGAUUAAUUUAUGCUGAUGGAAACAGUCAAGAUGAAUGUGAGACGAAACCUGAGGCUCAGUCUCUUCAGAAAUGUAUCUACAGCUUCUCUAAAACCAUCACCUCCUCUGAUGCUGGGACUUAUUACUGUGCUGUGGCCACAUGUGGACAGAUAUUAUUUGGAAAUGGAGUAAAAUCAGACAAUAAAGCACUCAACAUGCGAGAUUUGAAGACAGACAAUACAGCUCUCUUUCUGGUAUCUGCUGCUUUGGCUGCAAGCCUGAUUGUUAUAGCCUUUCUCAUUUAUACCAUCAAGAUGAAAACUUUCUGCAAUGGUAAUACAAUUUUCCCGCACAUUAAUGUAUCUGAAAGUAUUUUGCUAAAGCUAGCUCUGAGUUUUGCAUUAUUUAAUUGUGUAAUUGAACCAACACCAUCUUUUACCUUAAAUCUGUGCAAACAGAUGCUGCAGCAGCCAGUGGUCAUCAGGAAAGAUCACAGAAUGAUUCAGACACAUGGAUUUAUUCUGCUGUUACCUUUACCGUGGUAAAAAUUGACAGCGGUGCAAUAAAAGAGGCCAAAGCAGCAGAGAGAGAGAGGAUCUACACUGCUGUCAAGGCUUUUGGACUGGAUUAGUGAGUUAACAGAUGUUAUGCAGCUGUUUGUAUUGAAUAAUGUAGUAUUGUUUGUUACUACUAAAGGGCUUUGCAUAUGCUGUAGUACGAUGUAUCGGUAACAUUUAGUGAAGAAGUUAUGUCAUUAUUUUUAAAUGUAUUUAGACUGAAUUUUUUUUUUCAACCAAACACUUGCAAACAGGAAUGACCUCAAACUGAAAGACAUUUGUUUCAUCUCUCUUCCUCAUUUUAUGUCACUUCUAUCUGUAAUAAAGCUAAAAAAAAAAAAAAAAACUUCAAAACGCGAACAAUUCAUGUUUUUCAAGCAGAAAUACAAAAACUUUGCUGUUCAUAAUUCUUCAAGUUAAAUACAGAUACUUGGUUUCAGUGGAAAUUACAGAAAUCAUAAACAAUGUGCACAAAUGCUGUCAGCAGCUGAGUUCCAGCUAUGAUUUCUCAGCUCUUUUACCCAUGUUUCAUGUCGAUCUUCAUCACAGCUCUCCAAUAAAGUCAAAAUUCCAACAAAGAAAUCCUCAAGUUCUUACUACUGACAAUUAUCACGUUGUUUAUCAUUAUCAGGACAAGGUAUUUACCAUGGUGUAUGUCUACAGUUAACUUUCUUGUAUCAUCAUCACUGAAUGUUGUGUGGAGACAAAGAUCAUAUUGCUGAAAUAAAAUAUAUAAAGAGCUAA